AUGUUUCGUGGAGAGCCACCCAUUGGGAAUGUUAUAAAUCCAGACCUUGAUGAGUACUCCUCGAUGAUGUCACUUCUUUACACUGUGGAAUUGCUUCGUGUUGAGGUUGAAGGCCUUCCAAACUCUAAAUCAUACACAGUCCAAAUCGAGGCCAUCAAUGGUAAACGAGUCAUUAAGAAGAAAGUAAAAGGACCAACUGCUAGAAUUCAUGGUUCCAAAGCGGUUGCUAAGUUCACUUUUAGCACAAAGGAAAGCAAAGAUCUCGAGGUAAGAUUUUGUCAGAGAGGGCAUGCCGUGGUGGAUUUAUUCAGAAUUUGGCACCUAGUUUAAGAAACUAGAAAUACGUUAAUCGCAGAAACUCGCGAAGCUAGGGGGGGAGGGGGGUGGGGAGGCCCAUAAAAUGUCAGGGAUGGAAGGGGGAGAGAAUUGGAGUAAACUGUGUAGCUUGGGAGGGUGGGUUUCAACACUGGCUCUAACAUUGGAAUGUGAGAUGUCCACAAUGUACUUAAUUUCGUUUUGGUGUAGUAAAUUUGAACCCAGUGAUCAGUUGUUAAAAAUGAUUUUCUGGGACUUUAAGGGGGGCUGGUGUUGUUAAGGAAGGGUAGCCAAUGUUUCAUAGGUCCCUUGUUAACGCCAUUUGACCGAUCCUACAAAUGUAAUUAUAGCCAAAAGAAAAUGGGUGUGAUAGUGAACAACUGCACGAAAGAGAGAAUAUGCACCUAACCCAUGCCAUCUUUAAUAAUAAGUGUAAUAAUAAUUACUUGUGAAGUGUGUCAUUAGUAGUGGGUUGAGAAUAACAAGUAAAUGCUGGUAAUUGAUGAAAAAUAUAAUUUAUAGUUAAGUGAACUACGUACAACAAUGAGAGUGUUUGCACUUGUUGUAGUACAUAAUCUAGAGAUGCCAACCUCUAGAAAAUCCAAAAUCUGGAGACUCUUUCUUUAGCAUUCCCCCACCACCCCCCUCGAAUAUCAACAAUCAACCCCCCUCCCAUAAGCACAAUUCAAUCCAGUGCCUAAUGGGCUUAGGACAUUAUAUGAAGUCUUACAUGAGGUACAGAACUAUCACAAUUAGCUUUUAUGAUUGUGAUGAGGAAAUAAUCUUUGUCAGUGAUGAAAUACGUGCGAAAAUACCACAGAAACCGAACUUUGACUCAAAGAAGAUUCAAAUUUUGGGAGAAAAUGGGAUAAAUUCCAAAUUAAAGCACACAAAAGCACAUUACUCGAUUUUAUCUUGAAGAUUUGCUGACCCGUACAGGAGGAGAUUGUUGUCAUAUCCGGGAGAGUUGGCAUGCAAGAUAAUCAGACUUGACAGCUAAUUGUUUUUUAAAACAGUAAGGUGCAAACAUGAUCACUUACACUGAAAUAGAAAUUACACGUAACAAUGUCAUUAAGGAUGCAGCUGAGGAGAAUGGUGUUUAUGAUGAUUAUUGAAUAUGCAGUACCUUCAUUAGUACUGAAUUAUCCUUUAAAGAGCACCAAAUCAUUCAUGAAAGUGUUCACAGUUAUUUGUGUACAUGCACAAGAAACAAAUGCCCAUGCAAGAGUGAAUUUGUGUGAAAUGUCCACAUACAUGUCAUGUUAAAGUUCAUCAGUUUCUCAAUUCUCAACAUACAUGACCUUGUUGAGACAUGGUUGCCAGAGGAAUAGUUUUUGAAAUUCCCAGACUGACAGUCAAAUGUACACUUUCCCGGACCAAAUGAAUUGACAAUUUGUCCAGAUAUUAAUGGAUUCCAAAAUUCCACUCAAAACUCCGUGUACUAGACACACAUGACGUAAAGCAAAAGACUUCUUUGUUUUCUAUUGAGGGAAAAUCUGCUUGGUAUUGUUUCAAGGCUGUUGUUCUUUUGUUUUACGUCAUCUGUGUCCGGUAUACAAAAUAAAAUCUCCAAACUCCCAUCACAACCAUCCUUGCCACCCAUUUAUUUCAUGAAUUUAUUGUGAAUGUAAAGCACAGAAUGGAUUGAUCUUAUAGGAAACCCUAUUUCUGCUUGUCGUUUAAUUUCUGGAGACAAUAUCCUGCUGAUGGAAUAUGUUUAACUUCGGUGAAUAUGCAGCAAUAUGUCACCUCCCUCUGACUUCUUUGAAAGAGUCCAAUUUUUCUUGUCUUAGGGGGUGUUUACAUGACACCGAGGCGACUUUUCCCCAGGAGCGAGUUCACAACGGUUACCUCUCAUGGCUCUAUAUUUGUUUACAUGAUACCACCACAAAAUGUCAUAUCGGAGCGAGUCACCUCGGCGUGAGAUCACCCCGGUUCUUGUACGGGGGCGAGAAUUUCACUCCGGUACCAAAUCUCGCAACAGUAUGAACAGGUAGCCCAGACGUAGUGUGUGUCAAUAUAUUAAUAUUCACAUGGACAAAAUGGUAUGAGCCGUCGAAACUCACAUGAACUGAAAUAGUCCAAAAGUCAAAAUAUAACAAAACAAAGCUAAGAUACCUUUACGUCUCCUUCUUCUUCCUGGCCGGUUAAAGUGGCAGUUUGUUGAGUUUUGCAAUCGUAGGUACUAUCCACUAAAGAAGAAUUAAAGGCUGGCUACAAAACAAACGGGUUAUCUCCGCGUGCCUUCACGCGAAGCGCUAUAAAUUCGAGAAUAAUCGAAGAAUCCGCUCCAAAUUGCCAUCAGCUAGUCUUCAGGUAACGUGUGCUCCGGUUUCUGCUCGCUUGCUCCACAAAACGCAUCGCAACUGCACAAUAAUCGUUCGCUCAUGAACAAACACUGUUGACCUUUACGCUUCGAUAUGACCGCAAACUGCCAGGAUUAGUCGUGACUAGAAUUAGGUAUCCGCUCGGAGACUGGAACCGAAUAAAAUUAUUUUUCGGCAAAUCGCUCCGACUCUUUACGACCUUGCUGUGUUCAAAGAGGUAAGUAUACAAAGACAGGAGCCCAUUUGAUGGGCUCCUGACAAAGACUGAAAAACCGAUUCUACUCUUACCAAUGAGGUUUUAUACCUAGUUUCGGAUGUAUCUCCAAUCAACAAAAAGUGCAAGAAAAACAUUCUUAAAUCACGUUCCUCGUUCCAAUGUCUGUUUAAUUACAGUACCACGACUGUCGUGUAAAGCUUAUGCAUAGCAAAGUAUCUGUUUGGAUAGCUCAGAAUAAGGUGGAUACUUCAGGAUAAGAAUGGCCAAAAUAUGUAAGUUUUGGCCAUCUGGAUUAUUGUCACUGAACUUCCCAAGAUAAAAAUGAUUGUCACGUUUACAAAGAGGGUACAAAUACAGUCAUCCAUUGUGUAAUUAUGGCUCAGUUAAUUCGAAGCUUGCUUAUAGGAUAGCAGCCCGGGGAGGGGGGUGGGCGGUACUCGACCAAUAUUUGGGUAUAGGUGAGCCGCUGAGGGUUUGAAACCCAUACCCUGUUUAGGAUAACACCCUCAACUUUAGUACCCUGAUAGGACAACUCCCUCAGACGGGGACAAGGUUAUCAAGCACACCUGUCAACUUGUACUUAUCUUAGCUAGACAAGGGUGCCAAGAACAAUAGCAUUUAUAUUUAUUCCAGUAAAUGCUUUGGGUGAUGACGUACUAAAUAUCUGCAAACAUUUGCACUAAGACGAAAUCGAUCAUGCAUGAAACACCCUGUUUAUAAUCAGAACAGACUCGCACAAAUCAUGCACACCGUUUAGGACAGACUUUUUUUUGCACUAACCCAGAUCCUUUUAUAUUCUUUUCUAUGACCAAAAGGCCCAAUGUUAGUUACUUUUGGCAAAUGUAAAACUAUGUGAUUCCAAGUUUGUCAUUUUGUAUUCCUGAAUCUGCUGUGUGAACCUUUUUAAUUUCCAGUCACAUUGAAGGUGUUGAAAAUGCAGCCCCAUUCUAGUCCAUCCUGUCAUGAAAUGUUGCCCCAUCCACAGGUAGCCCAAACUCUGAAGGAGUUUCUUGGAUAUUUUGGAGAAACCAUUCUCAUCUUAGCCUUUUUCAGUCUUUGUAUACUUAUCUCUUUGAACACAAAGGCCGUAUCCAAUCGAUGGAAAUCGAUGAUCGGAAAACCAAUCGAUCAAUCGAUAUCAAUUGAUAAAAUUAGUUAAUUAGUAUCGAUUGGUAUUGGUCAAUCGAUGAUCAAUCGAUAACCACACAAAAAUCGUUCAUCGAUUGGCAUCGAUUGGCACAGGACGUCGAGACAGAUGUCACGCACGCUACCUGUCCGAUCAUCCGCCAUUUUUAGGAAGCCCUGGGGACGAAAUUGGUAAAACAAUUCCAACCCAGACUUCUCAGCGCAAAGAAUAUACCCUGUUGCACGCGUAAUCGAAUUACCCACUUGCCCGUCAUUGCCUUUCCGUGUCAUAAUGUCUACGCAAGACUUCCGGGCAGAGGCUUUACUGAAUAUAAGGUGCAUCGUCAAAGGCUCUCAUCUUUGCCGUUUUGAGGUGAACGUCGGUGAAGUGUUCACUGCAACCAAGAAGAGGGGAGAACGCGGAAACGCGUUUAAAGUUGUGAACCAUCGUGGACAACUCGGUCAUCUACAGUCCGAGUCCGAGUUCGUGGAUCCUCUUUGGCCACUACAUGCAGAUGUUUCAGUGUUAGUGAUUUUUUUUUAUUAAAACUGUAACAAACAAUCCGGGCAAGCAAAUAUGAAAUUAUUCAAAACACAUGCAUUGUUAUUUCGGUGUACUGUUCAUAACAUUAUUGUAUUUGCUCCUCAAUCGAUACCAAUCGAUACCAAUUUAUCUAUCGAUUGGUAUUGAUGAUCGAUACCAAUCGAUAACCACACGAAUCUUCGCCAUCGAUUGGUCAUCGAUUAUCAAUAUCAAUCGAUUAACUGAUAUCGAUUGGUAUCGAUUGAUAUCGAUUGUCAUCGAUUAUCGAUUCCAUCGAUUGGAUACCCCGGGCCGAAUAGCUAAAAAAGUGUUUUCAACGUACAGUGUUUGAGGAAACCGUCGUUGGGUGCCCCUGUCUCGUUGCCUUCUGCGUGCGUGAAGCGGCGAAGCCGCAAGACGCGAGAAACGAGGGCGAAAGCCCGAGAAGAAAUUUCCCGUCUCGCGCCUUCAGUCACGCGCGUGGUCAUUUGCGUGUCACAAGCGUUUUGCUCAACGGACCAAGAAAAAAGAGAGACUGCUCGUAGUCUAGUCAUCAGCGGCAAAGUUUAUGUUGCCUGGAAACGCGAAAUGCUCCAUGACGUAACGCUACAUGACGUCACUGGCGGACACCAAGCAUAUAUUCAAAGAAAGAAAGAUUUAUUUAUGGCGCAUCGAAUUUUGCAUCUGGCUAAGACCACGCGCGGUUCACGUGAUGCACGCGCGACGAGAUUAUAAACCCGCUUCACGAGAAAAAUCGCCUCUAAUAAAAGGAGUAUGAGUUUUCAUAAACAAUUCAACGUCGUAUGAUAUCGCUCCUAGAAAACUUUCCACGCUUGAAAAAAUGGCGCUCAGACUGCAACAGAAUUGUUAGUUAAGUGUCUUUCCAGAGUAAACUGAAAUAUCUUAGUUAAGCUCCUAUCCCUCUGAGUAAUGACAAUGAGGACGAUGAUAAUUCUUACUUUUUUAAUACCUAAAACAAUGUUAUGUUAUACAUACUACACUGAUUAUUAAUGCCAACCUUUUUAAUCCCUUCUGAAUAGGUGUGGAUUUACCGAAAACUGUCUCAAUCGUUCCCUUACCAAGCCGGCGGUAAGUACUCCUUUUUGGAGUACCUUGAUAGCGUUCCUUUAAGGAGCUGUGGAACUCUUCAACCAGUCACCCAUGAGUUGCAAUUGGCUGAUCAUAAUCAGUGCGUUCGAUUUACCACCGUAGCUCAUCCACCCAAACAGGACGGUUACUACUUCGCAGUGAGACCACAAAAGAUAUUCAGCAAUGUGGAAAAUCCCGCUCGAAUUUUACGGUCCCCGACGUUAAUCCUUUCACCGGUCUCUUUAGUUCAAUCGGCGACGGCACCAUGCGAAAUGUCAGUCCAUUUGCUGUUCGAUUCCCGAGGACGACCAGCGUUUGUAUGUCGAGUAAUACACUCCGCAGUGCUGCAGCUCUCGUGUGUUCAGGUUAUCAAUAAUGCCCAAAGAGUUGUUAGUGUGGCGUAUGAUUAGGCCCUUUUGCAAGAAGGGUUCGCACCAGUCCAGUUUUUCGGUCUGUUUACGACGUGAAACCUGCACGUCCUUCCUCUUUCUCGUUAUGACUAGUCAGGAAGCAAGGACUGGGGUAUUUGCAUCGGUAAAUGGCAGGGUGUUGUCAAAGGCGUUCCUGGUGUACCUGGUGUCAGUGGAACGAAAGGAACACCAGGUACUAGCGAGACACCAGCUAUCAAGGGAAUACCCGGUAUAAGGGGAAAGCCAGGAACAAAAGGCCAGCCUGGAAGUCUGUCGGUCAAGUUCUUCUCCCAGACUGAAAAGCAGGAGUGGAAACGAGUUGAGAAAUGCGGAAACCAGUUUUCCAUAUAUCUUCUAGGAAAGAGGAAGAAGAUUAAUGUUGACCUAAAAACCGGUGCAAUCUCAUUUCCAGUAGAGGUGCAAGAUGUUCCCGAGGCAAUUGCACUUGGGUUUUCAAUUGCCAUUCUUCACCUUCUCUGCCAACCUUAUUACUCCCCAGAAGGGAACAAUGGCUGCUAUACUGCACCUUCAGUCGGUGAAAAUGCUCACAUCGAGAAACCACGCAGAAUUCAGAACGAAGACCUGUUGCUUGUAGUGGCUGCUGGUUAUCAUGCCAACUAUGUACCAACAAACUCGUACAUCAAGUUCACUGUUGGAGGUGGCGCUUGUGGUGGCUGUGGUGGUGGUGGUUGUGGUGGCUGUGGUGGCUGUGGCGGCUGUGGUGGAUGCGGUGGGUGCGGUGGAUGUGGAGGUUGUGGCGGACGCAGUGGCGGAUGUGGUGAUUGAUCUAGGGCGAAAUUCCAAGUUUCUUGGUAACUCCAACCAUGUAUAAGAUAUAUUAGCAGGGACACAAAAGCUACUCUGGAAUCAGGCUUUAAAUAACUGGGUAUCGCCCGGGAAUGCCUGUCGAAUUAGGAAGUUUGAAAAGUCUCAAAUAGGGUAGGAGGUUUGACUGAAAGCCAGAACCAUAAAGCCUUAAUAAAUCCUCAAAGUACUUCCUCCAGCUUGAAUACAGUUAGACUCUCUUAGGCGAUCGGUUUGAGUAUUAUUCGACAAAAGUAGUAAUGAUUCAGAGUUGGUUGUUCGAAGAGGUAUUAAGUCAGUCCCUUUUUUUUUCUGUGGUAGCUGUAGCGGCUGUUGUGGCUGUGGUGGUUGUGAUGGCUUUGCAUGUGGCUUCGGUGGUUGUAGUGGAUGCGGAGGUUGUGGUGGUUGUGGUGGAUGUGGAGGCUGUGGAGGUUGUAGUGGCUGUGGUGGUUGUGGUGGAUGUGGAGGUUGUGGAGGCUGUGGUGGUUGUGGUGUCUGUGGUGGCUGUUGUGGUUGUGGUGGAUGUGGA